GGAAUAAAUGGGAAAUUAGUUUGAGUCAAACAGGGAAGAAAGAUGGCAGAGUUUCUCCUCGUAAAUACAAUCCAACCGAGCAAUUAUCAACACGGCGCGGACUUGCACUUUCAAUCUGAUCGAGAAAUACAACUUUUGACUGCUUCUGAUUUCUCUCUCGCCAAAGACCAAAGCUUGCGAGGCAAAAAGCACGAAACUUUCACCUCUUUUGGUGUCGGGGGAGAAAUGGAGGCCUUCGAUAAGAUCAAGGUGACCAACCCAAUCGUCGAAAUGGACGGAGAUGAAAUGACUCGGGUGUUCUGGAAAUGGAUUAAAGACAAGCUUAUCUUUCCCUUUCUGGAGUUGGAUAUCAAGUACUUUGAUCUCGGGAUCCUUAAUCGUGAUGCCACCAGUGAUAGAGUCACAAUUGAAAGUGCAGAAGCUACUCUUAAGUACAAUGUUGCAAUAAAGUGUGCAACCAUAACUCCUGAUGAAACUCGUGUGAAGGAGUUCAACUUGAAACAGAUGUGGAGGAGUCCAAACGGGACAAUACGGAACAUUUUAAAUGGUACUGUUUUUAGAGAACCUAUUAUCUGCAGAAAUGUUCCCCGUCUUGUUCCAGGUUGGACAAUGCCAAUAUGUAUCGGGAGACAUGCUUUUGGUGAUCAGUACCGAGCAACUGAUGCAAUCAUAGAAGGACCUGGAAAACUUAAAAUGGUUUUUGUACCUGAUGGGUCCAAUGAGAAGACAGAGUGGGAGGUUUACAAAUUUACUGGCGCAGGAGGCAUAGCUUUGUCCAUGUAUAACACAGAUGAGUCUAUCCGAGCUUUUGCUGAGGCUUCCAUGAACACUGCCUACCAGAAAAAGUGGCCACUUUAUCUUAGCACUAAAAAUACUAUUCUGAAGAAAUAUGAUGGAAGAUUCAAGGACAUCUUCCAGGAAGUUUAUGAAGCUCAUUGGAGAUCAAGAUAUGAGGCUGCAGGGAUUUGGUAUGAACACCGUCUUAUUGACGAUAUGGUUGCCUAUGCUCUCAAAAGUGAGGGAGGUUAUGUUUGGGCAUGCAAAAACUAUGAUGGGGAUGUGCAAAGUGACUUCUUGGCCCAAGGUUUUGGAUCUCUGGGGCUGAUGACAUCUAUACUGGUGUGCCCAGAUGGAAAGACCAUUGAAGCUGAAGCAGCCCAUGGUACAGUAACCCGCCAUUACCGGGUCCACCAGAAGGGAGGCGAAACAAGCACAAACAGCAUAGCUUCGAUCUUUGCAUGGUCACGAGGUCUUGCACACAGGGCAAAGUUAGAUGGCAAUGCCAGACUCUUGGAUUUUACAGAGAAACUUGAAGCAUCUUGCGUAGGAACUGUCGAAUCUGGGAAGAUGACCAAGGAUCUUGCACUCCUCAUCCAUGGGCCUAAGGUCACUAGGUCUCAGUAUCUGAAUACCGAAGAAUUUAUAGACGCCGUGGCUGAUGAGUUGAGAGUUAGAUUGUCUAGCAGAGCAAAGUUGUAAUCUCGGCAUUAGCUUCAAAAUAAAUAGGUGGAGCAUACUCGUUGGUAAAGCUUUGAAAUCUCUCUUUACAAAUCAACACUUGCGCAAAUAAGUUUUUCUCCGAUGUGGGUGGGACUCUUGAUAAAUUUUAUAGUUGUAUUGGGAAAUCAAUUUUCCUUGAGAAUUUGUACGGUUUGCAGUUACAAUGAUCAUGUCACACUUGAUUGAAGAAGAUUGCUCCUUCCUCCGA